AUGUCUUUCAAGGCCGUCGCUGCCACUGCCAUUCUUGCCGCCGCCAAUCUGGUGGCUGGCCACGGUGCUAUCAUUGGAGCUUCCAGCGAGCUUGGCGGCACUGCCAUGGGUCUCGGUGUUGAUCUCUCAACUCCUCGCGAUGGAACCCAGCGCCAACCGUACCAGGUUGAUUCCACCCGCUUCCAGGGUGAGGGCGCUGACACCGUCGGCGAGACCCUCGGUGGUGGCACCAACGACGUGGAGGCUGGCACCAAGGCCAUCAUGGCUGCCACUGGUGACCAGCUUCCCCAGAUCAAGGCUGGCGGCACCAUCGACAUGACCGUCCACCAGGUCAACGGCGACGGCGCUGGUCCCUACACCUGCAUGAUCAACAGUGAUGCCACUGGCGCCACCUGGACCGACGUCAAUGUCCCCGUCACCGUUCCCGGCCAGAAUUCCCGCAACCGCGCUGGUGCCAUGCAGGACUUCCCCCUCAGGGCUGAGAUCCCCGCUGGUCAGGCUUGCACUGGCACUGUCGCCGGCCAAAACAACGUUUGCCUGGUCCGUUGCCAGAACGCCGCUCGCGCCGGCCCCUUCGGCGGUGUCGUCCCUGUUCAGAUGCAGCAGGCCGGCAACACCCCGGCUGUUGCUCGCCGCAAUCUCGCUCGCGCUGUGGCUGAGUCUGACCGCCAGCUCAAGCGCAUGCUGAAGCGUGCCAUGGAGGCCACCGACUUUGAGGACGAGGAGUAA